CAGCCUGGGGCAGGGGCGGGUACCAGCUUGGUGACACACGCUUUCUUGCUGGCUGGUUUUGCUGUGUCUCGCGAGGACACUGAGGUUCUCCAGCAUCCACAGAGGGACUUACAGGCAGGUGCGUGAGUCACCCCAACCCCACUGAACCCGUGGGGCCUGGUUCCCGGUGCCCAAGGGUGCUGAACCCAGGAGUGACAGCCUGCAGGCCCCAGAGCACGUGAGAGGCGGAUUCUUAACCACUGCGCCACCAGGGAAGCCCCUCAGAUCCUUUCUUGCUCAAGGACCUAGAAGUCUAGGAACUGAGGAGAACAAGCUUCUGCCCUUCCUUCCUUUAGAUCCAGGUGUGCAGACUCCCAGCUCCUUUCUCCUUGAAGGUCCGGAAUACUCAGCCCCCAGCCCCCUCCUCCCUCAGACCUGGGAACCCGGGCCCCCAGUGCACUCAGGGACCUGCACUGCCCUCCCUGGAAGCCGGGGUCAGGGGGGCCAUCAGGCGGGGAGCUGUGGGAGGGUGGGAGGAAUAUGCGUGGGAGGCCUGGGUGAGGAGGAAAAGGGCGGGUCCCCCUCCUGCCUCGGGAACCCGGGGAGGCAGAGAUUAAAAGGACACACCAGGAGCAUCUGAGGACAGGACCAGUGUCUUCCGGGGGGGCCAGGGAGCUCAGGGUGUCUGUCUGCCAGGCCCUGGGCGCCACAGCCCCUACAUCCUCUGCUUUCUGCCCUCCGUCUCUGACUCUCGAGGCGUCCUCUGUGUUUUCAGCAUCACUUCUCUCUCCGCGGUUCCCUGCAUUUCUGACUCUCUGUCUGUCUCCCUUUCUGUCUGCCUGUGACACGUACUGUCCCUGCCCCCAACCCAAGAGUCGACCCCCAGGCAGCCGGCCCCCAGCAGGAAUGGCCAUGAAGACGCUGAUUGUAACACUGAUUCUGGUCGCUGCAGCCCAGACAGAGGAACAGAAUAAGGUGCUGCAUGGUGGACCCUGUGAGCAGACGUCUCACCCCUACCAAGCUGCCCUUUACGCCUCAGGCCACUUGCUCUGUGGGGGGGUCCUCAUUCACCCACUGUGGGUCCUCACCGCUGCCCACUGCAAAAAACCGAAUCUUCAGGUCUACCUGGGGAAGCACAACCUUCAGCAAAGGGAGAGUUUCCAGGAGGAGAGCUCUGUUGUCCGGACUGUGGUCCACCCUGGCUACAACGCCGCCAUCCAUGACCAGGACAUCAUGCUGUUGCGCCUGUCACGUCCAGCCAAAUUCUCUGCACACAUACAGCCCCUGUCCCUGGAAAGUGACUGCGCAGCCAACCACACCAGCUGCCACAUCCUAGGCUGGGGCAAGACGGCAGAUGGUGAUUUCCCUAACAUCAUCCAGUGUGCAUACCUCCACCUGGUGCCCCGUGAGGAGUGUGAGCGUGCCUACCCUGGCGAGAUCACCCAAAACAUGGUGUGUGCCGGGGAUGAGAAGCUCGGGAAGGACUCCUGCCAGGGUGAUUCUGGGGGUCCGUUGGUGUGCGGCGACCGUCUCCGAGGCCUCGUGUCAUGGGGUAACGUCCCCUGCGGAUCCAAGGAGAAGCCAGGCGUCUACACCGACGUCUGCAGAUAUGGCCACUGGAUCCGAAAAACCAUUCAGGCCAACUGAUCCUGAUAGGUGACCUCCACUUCUUGACCUUCCCCCACCUGCCCAGACCCGACCCUUAAUGCUUAAUAAAAGUGAUGACACCACAGCACAAGUCCUCCCUGAUUUUGCUCCAGCCCCAUCCUUGCAUCACGAGGAGUGAUGGGAACACCAGCUAAGGUCUCAAGCUUGCCACGAAGAGAUACAGGAAAAUCCCUUCCAAGCACCUCUCCCUCCCCAGUUAUUCCACGGGCUCGACUUCUUCCUACAGAGAAGGGGUCCCCAGUCUGGCCGAACCUGAGCUGGGCUCCCAGCUCCCCCACUUGCUUAGCCGUGCAACCGCGGGAGUGCCUUCCUUCAGUGCAUAGAUUUUCUCAUCUCUAAAAUAAGGAUAAUAAUCGUAUAUCCCUCGUAAGGCGGUGGCUACGUUGUUGGGGAGAUUCAAGGCUGUAAACACGUGAAACACAUACCGUGGUGCCUGGCACACCCGUGUGAACAAUAAAGAGUGAAUUUUAUUA